CUGCCACGAGCCAAAAGUGCGACAAAGGCAUUAUCAUACCAAUACACGCGGCUGCGGCCAAUCACGGAGCAGCUCAUUCAAAGCCUCGCGCGAGCGGCUCUGCAUAAAAAGGGGGCGAGCCUCUCCUCCCGAGGACGCUGCUCUUUCUGCGGAUCUACUCCACGCAACCUUUCUUAGAUACUCCGGCUUGUGAGGGAAACGCGUCAUCGUCAUGACCCUUGAGGAAGUUCUCAGCCAGAAAUCCACCGAAGCCGAGCGUGCGCGUUGCACCGGCAAAGCCCUGCAAGAGGUGCUGGUUACCGCCAUGGACAACGACGCUCUCACCGUGGGAGUGUACGAGUGCGCAAAAGUGAUGAAUCUCGACCCGGACAGCGUGUCCUUCUGCGUGCUGGCCGUGGACGAGGGUUUCGAGUGCGACGUGGCUCUGCAGAUCCACUUCACCCUCAUCCAGUCCUUCUGCUUCGACAACGACAUCAGCAUCGUCCGAGUGAGCGACUCGCGGCGUCUGGCCGAGAUCGUGGCCGACGAGCCGCAGCGGCUGGAAGACGCUCACUGCGUCCUCAUCACGAACCCGGCGGACGGGGCUUGGGAGGACCCCUCUCUGGAGAAGCUGCACCUGUUCUGCGAGGAGAGCCGGCGUGUGAACGACUGGGUCCCCGAGGUCAGCCUGCCCGGACGCUGACGCUGGCCCGGGCUCCUUUCUGCGAAGCUUCCCACCCAUGGGGGAAACGCUCAUCCCGACGCACCGGAUGAGCUUCGUCCAGGCUCACCCCCGGAUACUCCUGAGGAGGAUUCCCAAUCCGGGGCGGCGCGGCGCCGGCCCCCAGGGGCCCCCCCGCGCGACCGUCGCCUCUCGUCCCGUGCAUGCCGAGAUGACUCUCAUUCUUUGUGCGAAUGAGGUCGGGGUAUGCCUCGAGAGCGACGCAUCGACCCUCAUUCUUUGUGCGGAUGAGGUUUGGAGAGGAAGGAGAAGCGGCGCGUCUGUGCGUGCUUGCCGCACUUUCGCGUCGCUCGUCCGAGCACGCGCAGCAGGAGAAGAAGCGGUGCUGAAGGAAGAGGACUCGUUAAAAAGGGACUUUUUAACCAAGGCCUCUUGGCUGAGCAACAGUCGGCCAAAAUGUUUCCCACUUUCCAGAAUGGUCUUAAUUCUCUAAAGGUUUCACUUUAGAAAUUUAACGAUGACAAAAAAAAAGAUAAAUAUUGGGGAAAAAAAAACCCAUGCCUGUUCCCUAAAGGUUUCACUUUAGGAUACGGCUGAUUUCAAUGAACGCUAAAUAUUGUACUUAAGCAUCUGUUACUUUAAUAGAAAAUGCAAUAAAAAAAAAACUUCUGAUAAUGUUGUAAAAUUAGUGUGGUAAAUCUUAAUAAAAAAAUGACCUUAACUUACAAUGUGGGCUUGUGUGUUUUUCCUUUCCCUUGGAGGACAAUGUAAGGUCUCAGAGUGAAGGGCUUUUUUCCCGAUAAAGUUAGAAACUUGCCUGA